CUGGCGGGAGCUCUGAGCGGACCGUAGGCUGCAGCUUCAUCACUUUCAUCCCGGAGAGAUUUCCUUUUUUCCGCUCUGUAACGGUGCAGAAUGAGCGGCGCGGCGGUUUUGCUCUGGUUGGCAGUCAUUUCGUUCGCCUCAUCGCUGGACCUGCAGCCGGACAUGCCCAAUGUGUGUGAGGACCAGGAGGUGCAGAUGUUGGGUACGAUGCAGCCAUGCGUGCAGGCCUUUACACGCAUGGUGAAAGUGUGGAAGCAGGGCUGCUCUCCCCAGCGCUGGUGCAUGGGCUACGAGAGGAGGACAGGUUACUAUACUGCCUAUAGGCAGGUGUACAGUAUGGAGCUGCAGACUGUUUAUAAAUGCUGUCCAGGAUGGACACAGAGAGGAGAGGAAAGAGGCUGCUUACACAGACUGUGCUCAGAUGGAACAUGUUUUAAUGGAGGCAGGUGUUCAGACACGGGGGAUCAGGUGUGUGAGUGUCCUGCUGGCUUCCAGGGACCGCGCUGUCAGUAUGAUGUGAAUGAGUGUGAGAACUCUAAUGGUGGAUGUGAGGGGACAUGCUGUAACACUAUUGGCAGCUUUUACUGUAGGUGUCCUGAAGGCAGUACACUGGGAGCAGAUGGCAAGACCUGCCAAGAUGUAGAUGAGUGUGUGGAGCUGAAUGGCGGCUGUCAGCAGAAGUGUGUGAACACACUGGGGUCAUAUUACUGUGAGUGCAGUGCAGGAUUUCGCAUGCAUGCUGAUGCUCGCACAUGCAUAGCUGUGAACUCUUGUCUGGUGAAGAAUGGUGGUUGUGAGCACACGUGUGUGGACAUGGGGAACGAUCACUACAAGUGUGAGUGUCGGCGUGACUACCAGCUCAAGAGUGAUGGCAGGCACUGUAAAUUGAAGGACCCUUGUUUGGAGGGUAAUGGUGGAUGUGCUCAGCUGUGCAGCAGUGAGAAUAAAGUCAUAGAAUGCAGCUGCAGAAGCGGAUACACACUGGCCACAGACCGCCAGAGCUGUGAUGAUGUUGAUGAGUGUGUGACCGGACAAGCCAGGUGUGCUCAUGGCUGUGUGAACAUGCUGGGCUCCUUUAAGUGUGUGUGUAACCCUGGAUUUGAGCUGGGGGUGGAUGGGAAACAGUGCUACCGCAUUGAGAUGGAGAUUGUGAAUGGCUGUGAAAAGAAUAAUGGUGGCUGUUCCCACCACUGUGAACACACCACCAGUGGCCCUGUCUGCUCCUGUAACCACGGUUACCAGCUCGCCUACGAUCUCAGGACAUGUAUAGACAGUGAUGAGUGUGAGGGGGAGGAGGCCUGCUGUCACCAGUACUGCAAGAAUUACCCAGGAGGAUACGAGUGUAGCUGUAAGCCAGGAUAUACACUCAGCCCUGACGGCUGCGCAUGUGAUGACGUCAACGAGUGUGUGUUGGAGACGUCGGGGUGUAAUCACUACUGUGUGAACAUGCCAGGAUCGUACGAGUGUUUUUGUAGGGAGGGCUUCCGGCUGGACUAUGAUCAGCAGACAUGUCUCCCUCUCUAUGCAGGGGAUUCUGAUGCAGAAGAAGAAGAGGAGGAGCAGGAGAAAGAGGGGGGAGAAGAGGAGCUGGAAAUCCUUCGUCUUCCUGAUCUUUUAUUCCGAAGAGCGCCACAGCUCCUGCAAUACACUGCUGCUUUACAUUCUCCUUAUGACAGUGAAGACACGCAUACAUCCUACUCAGAACACACACGCAACCAGGAGCAGAGAGAAGAACUCACUGUGAUCAGCAGAAUCAUGUGUGUGACAGGCUCGUUCGGUGAGGACUGCAGUGUUACCUGUGAGGACUGUGCUAAUGGUGGUGCUUGUGGAGAGAAGAGAGAUGGCUGUGUGUGUACGACAGGCUGGACAGGGUUCACCUGUAACCAGACGUGUGCGGAGGGGACGUAUGGUGUGGGGUGCAACAGUUUGUGUGCUUGUCAGAACGGUGGACAGUGUGAUCCUGUAAACGGGAAGUGUAACUGCCCUCCAGGAGUCCACGGCCUGCACUGUGAAAACGGCUGUGCCCAGGGCUUCUUCGGAAGGUUUUGUCGGAGGAAAUGUAACUGCCCCGAUAACGGACGCUGCCACCACCUGUAUGGGGGGUGUUUCUGUGCCCCCGGACUCUACGGCAAAUUCUGCCACUUGCCAUGUCCAAGGUGGACACACGGAGUUGGCUGUUCGGAGGAGUGCGACUGCGUGCAGGACAACACACUCAGCUGUGGCCCGCAAAAUGGGACCUGCAUCUGCAAACCUGGUUACCAUGGUGACCGCUGCAACACAGAAUGUGCAGCUGGUUUCUAUGGUAGUGGCUGUAAAGAGCGGUGUAACUGCUCUCACGGUGCGUCAUGUAACCGUACAACCGGAGAAUGCCAGCAGAAGUGCCCGGCUGGACUCUAUGGAGAGAAAUGCCAACUGGUGUGCGAAGCUGGCUUUUGGGGUCCUGGCUGUGCCAACCAGUGUCAGUGUGUUAAGAGUGCAGUACCAUGUGAGGCCAGAACUGGGCGCUGCUUCUGUGAGCCUGGAUAUACCGGAGAGCAGUGUGAACAGAAGUGUCCCGAGGGCCAGUAUGGUCCAGACUGUGAGCACGUGUGCGACUGUAUGAAUGGAGCAGGAUGUAACCAUGUGAGCGGGACCUGCAGCUGCACAUCUGGCUGGACCGGAACACACUGUGAAAAGAUUUGUCCAGUUGGACUUUAUGGGCAGGGUUGUGAACAGAAGUGUAAAUGUGACCAUGGCACUUCCUGUCACCAUGCAACAGGCCAGUGUGUGUGUGAGCCAGGCUGGACAGGGCUCACCUGCAACAAGUCCUGUUCCCCUGGCUGGUUUGGCAAAAACUGUUCUCAGGUGUGCGAGUGUCCAGUGGGCAUGGCCUGUCAUCAUGUGACAGGCAGGUGCGGCUGUCCAGCAGGAUUCAUGGGGAGCAGCUGCGAGAAAACAUGUAUACAGGGCCAGUACGGACUGAACUGCUCUCAUGUGUGUUCGUGUUCUGGACCUCAUCAGCUGUGUCACCAUGUCACCGGCAGGUGCACCUGUCCACCUGGUUACUACGGCAGUCACUGUCAACUCAAGUGCAGAGAGGGCACCUAUGGCCCCGGCUGUAAAAAGAGAUGCCGCUGUGCCAAUGGAGGACGCUGUGAUUUCAAGACCGGUGCCUGCCUGUGCCAACCAGGGUAUUUGGGAGCCAACUGUAGGACCAGCUGUCCAGCUGGUCACUAUGGGAAGGACUGUGCGAAAACGUGUUCCUGUGGGGAGGGAGGACUGUGCCACCCAGUGUCUGGGAGGUGUACCUGCACUCCAGGAAGAACAGGGCAGUCUUGCCAACAAGUGUGCCCCAGGGGGCGCUAUGGAGCGCAGUGUCGCAGCCUGUGUACGUGUGUAAACGGCAGUGUGUGUGACCCUGCCGAUGGAACCUGCAGAUGUGGACUGGGCUGGACCGGCACACGUUGCGAGGAAGCAUGUGUCUCAGGCCGGUUUGGAGCCGACUGUGAUCAAGCGUGCAUGUGUCUGAAUAACGGAAGCUGUGACCGGUUUACUGGCUCCUGCUCCUGUACGGCCGGGUACUAUGGCCCCACCUGCCAACACCAAUGCCCUGCUGGAUUUUUCGGAAAGCUCUGCUCACAGCCCUGUGAAUGCACUCAGGGACAUACGUGUGAUCAUGUGACAGGACAGUGCAUGUGCCCUCCAGGUUACCAUGGCAACCAUUGUCAGAAACGUUGUGCAGUGGGCCAUUUCGGUGUGGGCUGUGCACAUCACUGUAAGUGCGCUGAGGGAGUCCCUUGUGAUCAGGUCACAGGCCAGUGCCUUUGCCCCCCGGGGAAGACUGGGGAGUACUGCGACAAAGAGUGUGUGAGUGGACGAUAUGGUCCUGGCUGUUCUCUGCAGUGCCACUGCGCUCACGGAGGACAAUGUGACCCUCGCAAUGGACGCUGUGCAUGUCCACUCACCUGGCUUGGACCCACCUGUGAGGAGGAUUCUGCUGCGGUCUCUUUAUCACUGAAGAGGCGACGAGGCGUGUAACGCAGUGCCCCAAGCUCAGACACCAAUGGACAGCUGCUUUAGUAUGAUUUCUGUGUGUCACAGGUUUUCUACUUUCAUUAAAAAUGAAGGUGAUCCGGUUUAAAUGAAGGGGAUUAGCGCAAAACGUAAAACCUACACUUUGCCACUGGGCUUGUUCUAAGGCACCAGUCUUUUUUGUGAGACUGUGUGGCUGUGUGUGUACAUUUGUCCCCUAAAACUGGUCUGUACUGUGCUCAGUUCACUUUGCGCGUCUAAGAAUGCAGAUUUGAACACGAUUUGUCCGUAUAAAACCAGUAAAAAGCACGCGCACAUCUGAGUCGCAGUUCCAUACGAGCCAAACGUCCCACAGCGCUCUUUUAAUCCGUCAGUCAAACAGCCCAGUAUCCACAGAGCCAUGAGGUCCAACCACGUUUCUCUGUUACAGAAUACAAGCCUGCAACCUCAACCGUUCAUAUUUACUGCAGACCACAGAAAGGAUAAAAACAUGUCACUGAAAUAACCCUCGAACAUACUCUCUCUGCAGCGGAACAUACUCAGGGUGCCUUGAUCUUUUUCCACACAUCACACAGAGCUUGUUACUAAACUGGUAAAUACAGCCUGAUAUUCAGUUCAGCAGCCCGUCAUAUCGUCACACCAUCUAAAUGGUGCUUAAUGGUUUUCAUAUCAUGUAGUAUCACAAAUAUUUUGCGCAAUAAUGAUUAUUAUUUGAAAAUGUCCAGUGGGGUCCGCACUGUCCACUUGAGCGUGGGUGUGGAUUUGGAGCACCUUAUAUAUUUCCUGUGAUGUGAUUUCUGUGACAGCGCACCCAAAGCGCCAGUAGAAACGUCUAAAUAUCCAGUUACUUCCCCCAUUAGUUCGAGCGGUUUUGUGUAAAUUGUUAAAAGCGACCUGUCGGGCUGAAUCGGACUGAUGUAAACGAAAACUCAAGUCACUGAAGAUCAGUGAUCCACCAAAGCCGACAUGCCAAACAGCUCUAAUCCGUACAAAUGACCAGCACUCAUACUGUAGUUUCAACAAAAGGCUUCGUUGGCUGUAAAAAUGAGAUGUGAAACAAGAGCGUUUUUGUCUUCUGGAAUACUUUGUAUUUACUUAUAUUUAUGUCGGGUGGUCGUGAAACUCAAAUACUGUCUCACUGAUCAAACGCUGAGGGAAAUGGUGCUAUAAUGAAGAAUAUA